AGCCCUGAGAUGAGAUUAUCUUUCAUUGUGUUCUCUUCUCAAGCAACGAUUAUUUUGCCAUUAACUGGAGACAGAGGCAAAAUCAGUAAAGGCUUGGAGGAUUUGAAAAGUGUUAGCCCAGUGGGAGAGACAUAUAUCCACGAAGGACUAAAGCUAGCAAAUGAACAAAUUCAGAAAGCAGGAGGCUUAAAAACCUCCAGUAUCAUAAUUGCACUGACAGAUGGUAAGCUGGAUGGCCUGGUGCCAUCAUAUGCAGAGAAAGAGGCAAAGAUAUCCAGGUCCCUUGGAGCUAGUGUUUAUUGCGUUGGUGUCCUUGAUUUUGAACAAGCUCAGCUCGAAAGAAUUGCAGACUCCAAAGAACAAGUCUUUCCUGUCAAAGGUGGAUUUCAAGCUCUUAAAGGAAUAAUUAAUUCUGUGAGUAUUUCUCUGGGGGCGGAAGAGGCUUGUAAUUUAACAUAUAUUUUAAACUAUAAGAAUUAAUCNGCCCUCUGCACUUACACCGUGAACGGAACGUACACAAAGAGUGUAAAACCAGUAAGUGUACAGCUGAAUUCUAUGCUUUGUCCUGCACCUAUCCUGAAUACAGCUGGAGAGACUCUUGAUGUUUCUGUGAGCUUUAAUGGAGGAAAAUCUGUCAUCUCAAGCUCAUUAAUCAUCACAGCCACAGAAUGUUCCAGUGGGAUUGCAGCCCUCAUUGUUAUUCUGGUGUUACUGCUACUGGUGGGCAUCGCUUUGAUGUGGUGGUUUUGGCCUCUUUGCUGCAAAGUGGUUAUCAAGGAUCCUCCUCCACCACCUCCUCCUGCACCAAAAGAGGAGGAAGAAGAACCUCUGCCUACUAAGAAAUGGCCGACUGUAGACGCUUCAUAUUACGGUGGUCGAGGGGUUGGAGGAAUUAAAAGAAUGGAGGUCCGCUGGGGUGAUAAGGGGUCUACGGAGGAAGGCGCGAGGCUGGAGAAAGCCAAAAACGCCGUGGUGAAGAUUCCAGAAGAAGCGGAGGAGCCGGCCAGGCCCAGACCUCCGCGGCCCAGGCCCGCACACCAGCCCCCGCAGACGAAGUGGUACACGCCGAUUAAGGGUCGUCUGGAUGCGCUCUGGGCUCUGUUGCGGCGACAGUACGACCGGGUUUCCUUGAUGCGACCUCAGGAAGGAGAUGAGGGCCGGUGCAUAAACUUCUCUCGAGUCCCUUCCCAGUGAAAGGAAGGCAGGAAGACCAAGAAGGUACGAAGACGGCACAUUUUUCACACGGCCGGUUUCCAACCAAAGGAAAAAAAAACCAAGUGCAUUUCAGAGCUUUUGGAAGAGCAGCUUAAUUCCUCUCAGUCAGGAAAUGUUUUCUGUGCCUUCUGCUUCGCUUGAACCAAACAUUUUCAAACACUUGUUCUGCCAUCGACAUGGGAGGUGAUGAAAGUCAGUGGUAACUCAUGAUUCAUGACACUGAAAAGAAAGAAUCGCAUUGAUCUGCA